CUCAUAUUGCAAUAUUUUUGAAUAAUAAUUAAUAUGCAUUAUUUUUUCAUUAGCUACAUGGUGGCUAACUUAUGGAGCAACAACUCCAAAUUUGAGAAAUUUUGCUGUUAAAGUGCUUAGCCUCACUUGUAGUGCAUCUGGUUGUGAGUGUAAUUGGAGCAUCUUUGAGCAUAUUCACAGUAAAAAAAGAAAUAGACUAGCUCAAAAUCGCUUGAAUGAUUUGGUGUUUAUCAAGUACAAUCGGUCAUUAAAGCGUAGAUAUGAUGCACGUGACCGCAUUGACCCCAUCUCAUUGAAAGACAUUGAUGAUAGUAAUGAAUAGUUGAUGGGUCAAAUGGAGGAAGAGAUGGAUAGAGAUGAACUUGUUUUUGAAGAUGAUGAUUUGACAUGGAAUGUGGUUGCUGCAGCUACUGGAGCUGAAGAGAAUGCCUACAACACUAGAUUAAGCAAAGGGAAAAAUGUUGUAUCUACAUCACAGCAAAAAAGAAAAGCAUCAUCCACUCGUACUUCUUCACUUCUUGAAGAUGAGGAAGAAAAUGAUGAUGAUGAAGAUGUUAAUUUGGAAGAUGAGUAUGAGGAGGAUAAUGAAGAUGAUGAAGAAGAUGAAGAGGAUUUUGAUAUUUCUAUUGAUUUGGAUUGAACAUUUAGUAGUUUACUAGUUUAUUAAACUUUAAUUUUUAGUAGUUUAUUUUUAUCUCUUUUGGAUUAUAAACUAAUUAUUACUUGCA